CUGAUUUCCAUGAGAAACCGCGACGCAGGGACCCCAGGCUGGGCGAGAUGUUGGCUGGUGUACAAGCCUCUUUGUGCUGGAGCUUUCGAGAGAAAGAGAGAGAAUCCCUGGUGCACCAGCGCUCCCUCCUGGUGAGGGUAGAGCUGAGCUGAGAUAAGCAGCGAGAUUUGAAACACAAGGUCACUUGCUAGGCGAACUCGAGAGCCAUGAACAGAAGCAGCUAACAGGAGCGUUUCAAAGAGAGGUUGGAGAGGGAGCGGUCUUUCUCUAGGUCCAACUCUACGUGUGGUAUCAAGAUGGCCAGUGAAGGAUCAGUAGAGCUACCACAUGUCCCUGAGGCGGUGAACGGUGUGACCCAGGGUGCCACAGGGCUGGAGCUCUGGAAAGGGAGAUGUGCACGCACCUGGGGUGUCUGAGGGAGAUGGUGCUAAUCUCAGAGGCUAUGCAGGUGGACUGCAGGCUCUCAGUACUCAGAAGGGGGUGCUGGAAGGAGGAUCUGCACCUGAGAGCGUGCCUGGAGACCCAGAGGCAGAGGCCAGGCCUGGGCCCUGGAAGCUGAGAGCACACGAAUCCACUGUGGUGGUGCCAAGGAUCUGACACCAUUCAUCAUGAGUCUGUGGGAAAGAGCUCUUGUCAAACUAACAGGACAUCUUUUUUUGAUGAGAUCAUAAACUGAGCAGGGGGCUUGGGUGCUCACGUGGCCUGGGGAGGAGGACACAGGGAGGUGGGAGCAGGGGUCUGGAGGGCUGAGAAGGGCUGGUGGGUCCCCAAAAGAGACAAAAUGUUGUCAAUAGGUUGCCUUAGCAAAAGGCUUGGGAACCACUGAUCGAGCAGAUAAAGGUCUCACAUGAGUCAGUGUCGGAAGCUGAAGCUAGAUAAAUUCAACUGCAAAUUUUGAACCAUGAGGAUAAUUAACCCUUGCAACAGCUUCUCAGAGGGUUCUCCAUCACUGGCCAUUUUUAAAUCGCGGGAUCAGAUGUUCUUCUGAUAGAUCUGCUCUAGUUCAACCACAGCGGAUGUGAACCAGGAAUUAAUUCAGGCAAGUUCUAUGGCCUGUGUUAUACAGGAGGCCAAACUAGAUGAUUAUGAAGGGGCCGUCUGGCUUUCUGAAAUGGCCUUUAAUGUGGAAAAGGCCCACAGGCCUGGCCCAAGCACUCGUGACCAGGAAUCAGGCCGAGAAGGUGCUUUCAGUACUAGCAGGAGAAAGGAAAUUUCCAGCAUGACAAAGGGGUCGAUCGCUCAGCAGGUGGUGAUGGACAGACCCUUGUCACUGACACCCAGUGCCCCUCUUUGACCUGAGCUGACCACAGCAAUGUCGGAGACCAUGAGAACUGCUGCUGCCAGCCAGGCUGCUGAUGACAAGGAACAGGGAGCCCUGGCCCCAGCCCCCUCUCCAGACCACACUCCUGCUUCAAACACUAAGGCUGAGCAGCCUUCCAGGAAAGCUUUCAGGAUCGUCAUCUUUGAGCAGGAGAAUUUCCAGGGCAGGAAGAUGGAGUUCACAAACGAGUGCCUGAACCUAGGCGACCGUGGGUUCGACCGGGUGCGCAGCGUCAUUGUCAGCACUGGACCCUGGGUGGCCUUUGAGCAGUCCAGCCUGCGCGGAGAGAUGUUCAUCUUGGAGCAGGGCGAGUAUCCUCGCUGGGAUACCUGGUCCAGCAGCUACAGGAGCGACUGCUUCAGGUCCAUGCGUCCCAUCAAGAUGGUGGCUGAUGGCUAUAAAAUCUCCCUCUUUGAAUCUGCUGACUUCAAGGGCAACAAGAUGGAAAUCCAGGAAGAUGACGUGCCCAGCCUCUGGGCUCACGGCUUCUGUGACCGGGUGGGAAGUGUGAAAGUGUCCAGUGGAACCUGGGUUGGAUACCAGUAUCCUGGCUACCGAGGCUACCAGUAUCUCUUUGAGAAAGGAGACUUCAGACACUGGAAUGAAUGGUCUGCCUUCCAGCCCCAGGUCCAGUCUAUCCGUCGCAUCAGGGACAUGCAGUGGGAUCAGAAAGGCUGCUUCACCCCCCCUGACGCUCCUUCGAACUGAGCAUGCUCCCUGCUAGCUAACAAUCCUGGGCCAUGUAGCACCUCGACACCCCUGCUACUUUUUGUGAACAGCCCCCAUCUCUCCUCUCUCUCGCAUCCCCUUUCUCGGCACUUUCCUUGUAUAUUGCACAUUUAUUGGCUGUCCUGUACAUUGUGAUGCAAAAUAAAUCAA